UAAUUUACAAAAGUUUUUUGACUUUUUCGGAAAUUACCAAGUUUAGGGUUUAGGUACUUGGUUUGUUUUGCUUAACUUUAGUUUACAUUCAUAUUUUUACUAUAAUUUCAACAAAUUUAGACGAGAGAUCGGACAUGUAUAUUGAAUAAAUUAUAAGAAUCAUGUGUGAAAAUGAAAACGGUGAAACUAUUUAUAUAUGGAAAGUGGGCGACGUCGCCAUAGCUUGGUUAUCCAAGAAAACUUAUGCAAAAGUCACAGUAGUGAAGGACAAUCGUGGUCGAUUUCAUGGUGAUAAAGUUUUAGGCGUAACAGUGGAGGGUGGCUCAUCUGAUAAAGUGAAGUGGAAGAAAGAGUUGUGCUACCAUGUUGAGACGUAUUGCUCAAAACAGAAGCUUUGGGUGCCGUGGACUGCUCUGCGACUUGCAGAGAGGUGCAGACCGUUCUACGGCCCUAGUAGAGUUAUCAAAUCGAAGGGCUUUGUCACCAAAACCAGCCCCGGGACUGUAAAGAAGGUCACAAAGGUAGAUCCCCUGCUACCCUUCAACGUGAAGCCAGACCACUACAAAACACCAGACUUCAACGCGAAGUAUGACCACUCACACCAACCGCUCAAGCAGGGCAAACAUGAGAACUCUUUUAGGGAGUUUGUGCGAAGGGGAAAGGAAAUGUUCUUUGAUACAUACUAUAAGGUGCUGAUGACAGAGCAAACUACUGAGAGUCGAGAUACACUUGAGUAUCUCCUGCAAGUGGACGCCAGCACGGAAGAUAAGUUCGACCUGGUCAUCAAGAACAUAAUGACGGAGCGUGAGAUAGAAGAUUACCUGCACCAAUGCUGGAGGUACAACUACGUGCAUAAACGACUGCCGGCGAACGCUGAAAAUGACACAGGAGAGAAUACACCAGUUCGGAAAGUAGCUCCAAUAUCGUGGUGCCUCGUGUGCGGCGGCCACGAGGGCCGGCGCCGCGAGUGCCCGCGCUGCCCCGCCUCCUACCACCUCGCCUGCCGGAAGGAAUGGCUUGUGAAAAUCAUACAUCGAAAGAACCCCCCGAAGAAGCAGCCACAGAAGGAAGCUCUUACCAUCUCCAAGGUGUUAUCCAGUACUCGGAUCCUGACCACCAGUUCCUUGGUUCCAUCACAGCUGCGGGAUGAACUGCCCUGCCCUAGUUGCAUGUGGGGACCUAAGCCGGGGUACGACGACGUGGUGUGGCACAAGCUCGGCGCCUGCGCGUGGUGGCCGGCGCGCGUGCUGGCGCCGGGCGACGCGCCCGCCUGCCUGCUGGCGCGCCAGCACAGUCCCCGGGACUACCCGCUGCGGUACUACGGUACGUUGAAUCACUCCUGGGCCCGCAGCAGUCAGAUGGUGUUAUUCCUGCCGUCGCACGCGUCCCGGACUGGCGACUCCAUAUUAACACAGGCCAUUAUGGACGCCGCUGACGACUACAUCGCCGUCUACCUUACAUAACUUCAUCAAUUUUACCACGAAUACGACAAAAUACUCCAUUUGUGCCAUAAGUUAAAGUUAGGAUCAUACGUGUAUAGAGAUUUAAAGCGAAAAAACAACGGGUUGCACUCCGGGAGUGCCGGCAGAAGUGAAAACUAGAAUAUUAACGUUGUGCAUUUUUGAUAUUUUGGAAUGGUUAGGGAAUCAUUUUGCACGAGUUGUUUUAAUUAUCAGUAUAAAAGUACUAUCAUUUAUGUGAUAAAAUAUAAUAUUCAAGUUUUCACUUCUGCCGGCACUCCCGGAGUACAACCCGUUGUACCCGGCGCGGCGUAGGAGAGGAAGUAUCCCCAUCUCUUUCUAUCGCGAGGCGGUCUACUGGCUUUAAUGACGUAACAGUUUUUCGAUCAGGUUACGUGUCUUUUCUUACGAACUUUCAAUCUGACGAAUCUGUCGGUCACGUGACCUGUCGCGAGUUUAACAUUUUUUCCCCAUCACAAAAAGUGCACAGCGCCGCUAAAGAAGUUUUCACAUCAAAAGCAUGGCUUAAUAAAAGGAAUGAUUCAUACAAUUUCGAUUACAAUAGUUCGAAUGAUACUUAAUACCUACUGUAAGUACUGUAUUUACCUCAGCAAAUCAUACGAUAUAAUCCAACGGUUCGCCAACACAAACAUCACGCGGUACGACCGCUCCGCUCGCCGGUCUAACAUCGACUGACUGUAACUGUCAGUGACGUCACUAUGACGUAUGCGCUCGAGACGUCUAUACACUACACCUGCCAUUGCAUUUUCACUCCGAGUUCAAUAGUCGUCAAAUUAUUCUUGACCUAUAAUUAUAAUAAAUUCUUUUAUUUCAGAUACAUGCGAUCCAUAAUUACACAAUCAUUAAUUUACAAUUUUAACAAAAUUAGAAAGACAAAAUAUAAAUUAAAAAAAAAAAACAUUAAAUAUACAAUAAAUAACACUUGCACACAUAAAAUUAGAUAUUAAAACGAAUGACAUAUAACUAAUAACAAAAAAAAACUAAUAAAUUAGUCAGACGCCCUGUGCAGCUUAUCCCAAUGAAGCUGGAAAGGGACGUCUAGGCGCUCUAUAAAUAAGGUCUUUGGGUUGUGUAUUUGUGUCCUAAAUGUAAUUUUUCAUCAUCAUUAGUUCAGUGUACCGUGUACCUACAAUACUUAUACAUAUAAGGCCACGAUAUCUAAAUAGGCGGGUCCACACAGAGCGAGCAUACGCGCGAGGCAAUGUCCUCACGCACAAACCGGCCAGUGUAGACGUGCCUCGGCCGAGGCGGCGCAUUAAAGCGAGGAUAAGUAGGCUAUUUUAAGAUACAUCAAGUUUUAAUUUAUUACAUAAUUUUAAUAAAAUACCCACUGAAUAAAAUUCAUUGUUAAUAUUUUGUCGUUUACCCAUCAAAUAGUUAUUUGCAAGUCAGCACUUAAUUUCACAUUCUUAAAGGAUUUUAGGUAAUCCCUUUAUCUGAAGACGUGGUAAUAAUUUACGAUAAAAAACCGUUUAAAUUACAAUCAAUCAUUUGACACAUCAUUUUAUCAUUUUACGUUGACUACGAAAUAAAUGUUGAUUAGAUAAUUGUGCGAAAUUAUUAUUAUUGUGAUAUUAAUA